GUCGAAAAUAAGGCAACAGUUGGGAACUUUGUAAAGUAGAAUCUGCGGUUGAACCUGAUGUGUAGUCAUGGGGAUUGUGGAUGACAGGAGGAAGAAAUUCAUUCUAACUCUAGCAGCAUAUCAUUUUGAUGUAACACUGAAUGAUGAUCAGUACAAAGAACUAGGCUCAGACAAAGGCCUUGAUGAAUUUUUGGAUGAUAGAAGUCUUGUCACACUGUCUGUGGUCCACAAAGAUGCAAAGCUGCAACUUAGUACAAGGGUUGAUGCAGGAGAAGGGAAGAACAGCUUACUCGUGUUUUUCAAGAUUCAGCCAGAUGUUAUUACGCCUGACAACAUCUAUGAGACAAUAUCCAUGACAACUGUAGCCAGUUCACCUUUAGUCACAUUUUAUUAUACUAUUAAGGAAGUAUAUACUCCAAUUUUAUUACAGGCAGGAAACUCCAGUAAUCAAAUAGACAGUAGCUUACAAGACUUGAUAACAAAGCUGCAGGAUAGGCUAAAAUGCACACUUCAGAAAAUUGGUAAAUCUGUUGAAAAUGAUGCUGUGGACAAUGUGGAAUGAUAAUGCAAUAUGUUUCAAAUAUAAUAAAUACACUACAGUACAGUUGAAGCUCACUACACUAAUAAGCAUCCAUAUAUGCAAACAGAGAAGAUGAAGAUGUACAAACCGAC